AGUUUCCAUACAAUCACAUGUAUGUAUUACAUACACUCUGUAUGUAUCAUUUGUACUCCAGAAAACCAUCCUUUUUGCUCUUCUAAUUUUUUCUCAUCAACAUAUAUAUAACCAGCCAUGUAUAUUUCUUCUUUAUCUCCAUAUUUAAGCUCAAAUUUAGCAACUUUCUUGCAACUAGGCUCAAGUUCCAUGCCAGCUUCUCAGUUCAAGGCAUAGUCAUCAUUGUCAGAAAAGCAAGUUUCGAGGGGCAUAUCGAUGGGGCAUCUGUCGGAUAUGUUUAAUGGAUUGACCAAGUCCAUGUCGAUAAAGAAAAUGAAGAGAUUGGGGAAUUCUGGUGGUAGAGAGGCAGUAGAAGCAAUGGCAGAGGAAGCAAAGAGGAAUGAACUUAUGCUUAAGUCUUCGGGUACAGUUAGUGUAGAUGGAUCAAACAACUUUACGUCCGUGUUCUCCAAACGAGGCAAGAAAGGAGUAAACCAAGACUGUAGCAUUGUGUGGGAGCAAUAUGGGCGCCAAGAAGACAUGCUGUUCUGUGGGAUAUUUGAUGGACAUGGUCCAUGGGGACAUUUUGUUUCCAAGUUGGUUAGAGACUCGCUGCCACUGUCCUUACUGUGCAAUUGGCAGGAUGCCCUUGUUGAAACUGCAGUUGAUCUAAAUCUUGAUAUUGAAACAGAAAAGACGCUUCAGAGGUUUAGUCUGUGGGAGCAGUCGUACUUGAAGGCUUGUGCUUUUGUUGAUCAACAGCUGGGGCAACAUCGAAAAAUUGAUUCCUUCUACAGCGGAACUACUUCCCUAACUGUGGUUAGACAGGGAAACCUUAUAGUGGUAGCAAAUGUCGGAGACUCUCGUGCUGUAUUGGCUACCACUUCUGAUGAUGGCAGCACAACUGCAAUCCAACUUACUACCGACUUCAAGCCCAAUUUACCUCAUGAGGCUGAGCGGAUACUUCAAUGCAAAGGGCGAAUAUUUUGUUUGGAUGAUGAACCUGGAUUUCAUAGGGUCUGGCUGCCCUGUGAAGAGUCACCCGGGCUUGCUAUGUCAAGAGCAUUUGGUGACUUUUGCAUAAAAGAUUUUGGAGUAAUAUCUGUUCCUGAAGUGACAAAACGACAAAUAACAAACAGAGACCAGUUUAUUGUGCUCGCAACUGACGGGGUUUGGGAUGUUAUCUCAAAUGAAGAGGCGGUUGCAAUUGUAUCAUCCACUCCGGACAGAGCAAAGGCGGCGAAACGUCUAGUAGACUCUGCUGCAUCUGCUUGGAAACACAAGAGGAGAGGCAUUGCGAUGGAUGAUAUUUCAGCUAUUUGUCUUUUCUUUCAUAAUUCUCAGUUACCCCAUCAAAUUCACCCUGUUACUGUUCCCAAAUAGCAUGUAAUAAUAAAAGGUGAAAUUAUCUAGCUUAAUAUUAUUUUGAUUACCCUUUA